CGUCCCUCCCCACCUCCCUCUGCCCAGUCUGUUACUUCCGGUCUCGCCCACCCGCCAGCCACCUGGUCUGGCGGCGAGCGCCAGGGCGCAUGAGGUGAAGCAAGCAGAAAGGAGCAUCCUUCCAGAGUGUGAGAACAAAUGGCUCCUUCUAUGAGAUCUUGCAAGUGGACUUUGGAGUUGACAACAGCAGUGGCCUGGCUGGCGCCCUACAGAUCACCUGGCAGGUGGAGUACCCGGUGGAGGACGUACAGAAUGCAUCUCUGGCAACAGCCCAAAGAUGCACUAAGCUGUGAGCUGGUGCAGGACACGGAGGUUCUGAACACGGCCAUUCUCACCGGAAAGGUUGUUUCAGUUCCCGUCAAGGUCGUGGCCAUUCAAGAGGAUGGUUCGGUGGUGGACGUGUCAGAGGCUGUGGAAUGCAGGUCUGUGGAUGAAGACGUCGUCAAGGUACCACGGGCGUUACCUCCAGAUUCCCAGGCGUUCAGUCCUUUCCCUCCCCUUCUGUCCCGGGGCUGCCCUGAGCAUCCCAGGCUCGAAGGGCUGAGCCCGGGAUGAGGAUGCUGAGGACGGAGGGAGUGAUGCCAAGGACUCGCCUGGAAUCAGAGGGGGCUGCACGCGCCGUCCUGCUUCCUUCCCCCGGUCUUAAUCGUGAGCGGAAACAAUUCUCUUCCCCUUCUUUUGCUCAUAGGACAAUAUUUCCUGAAUUUUAGCCAGCUACCUGCCAUCUUCGCAAUUUUUGCCAACUUCCUGUGCCAAAUAAUAUAAUUUACUCAUUAUAUUUUCUUUAAAUGCCUCACUUUUCAACCUUAAAUAUCUUAAAUGUCUCAUUAGAAGACAAUAAA